AUGAAGGUUUAUGCAAUAAAAAGCAAGGACUGUGCGUUUCAACGAGAAGAACAUUUAAAUGUGAGUGCAGAGGAAGUUAUAGUGAAUGAUGUUAGAAAUGCUACUUCUAAACAUAACUAUUGUACUUGGGACAAUGAAUGUUUCUUUCAAGCCACCUUUAUAAAGGUGGUUGAAUUAGCAGAUUUCAGUACGGUGCAAAAAGGGCAUGCAGUUCAUGAUAGACAGUGA